AUGGCGCCGGUCGAUCCCCACUCCUACACCGACGGCGCGCACCCGGUGGUCUCGCGCGCCGCGCUCGCCUUCUACCUCGACUUCGCCGCCUCCACCAUACACGCCUCCGCGCUGCUCACCCUCUCCGCGCCGCACUCCGGGGACCUCCUCCUCGACACCCGCGCCCUCACCGUCCACUCCGCCUCCACCGACGCCGACACGCCGGAGCCCAUCCCCUUCUCCCUUGCCGCGGCGCCCGACCCGGUCCUCGGCACGGCGCUCACCCUCACCCUGCCCCCCGACACCGUCUCCUUCCGGCUCACCUUCUCCACCUCCCCCGCCGCCUCCGCGCUGCAGUGGCUGGCCCCGCCGCAGACCGCCUCCGCCCAACCCUUCGUCUUCUCGCAGUGCCAGUCCAUCCAUGCCCGCUCCAUCUUCCCCUGCCACGACACCCCCGCCGCGCGCAUCACCUUCUCGCUCCUCCUCAACGUGCCCGAGCAGCUCUCCGCCGUCGCCUCCGCGCGCCACGUCGCGCGCCGGGACCCGCUGCCAUCCGACCACCGCGGGGCGUGCGACGACGAGCAGUGGUGCGCGCCCGGCCGCAUCGUCGAGGAGUUCCAGAUGGAGCAGUCCGUGCCGCCCUACCUCUUCGCGUUCGCCGCCGGCGGGAUCGGGUCCAGGGACCUCGGCCCGAGGACGCGGGUGUACGCGGAGGGAGGGGACAAGGUGCUGGACGAGGCGGCCAGGGAGUUCGCGGGGGUGGAGGAGAUGGUCAAGGUUGGAGAGGGACUCUUUGGGCCGUAUGAAUGGGAGAGGUUCGAUCUGCUCGUGCUGCCACCGAGCUUCCCCUAUGGAGGCAUGGAGAACCCCAGGAUGGUGUUCCUCACUCCCACGGUCAUCAAAGGGGAUGCUGCAGGGGCUCAGGUUGUGGCGCAUGAGCUCGCACAUAGCUGGACUGGCAAUCUGAUUACUAACAAGACCAAUGAAGAUUUCUGGCUAAAUGAGGGAUUCACAACAUAUGCUGAGAGGAGGAUUGUUGAGGUUGUGCAAGGGGAGGAGCGGGCAGCCUUAAACAUGGGGAUUGGAUGGAGGGGGUUGAACAGGAUGAUGGAGAGGUUUAAGGAUAACAUGGAGUUCACCAAGUUGAAGCCGAAGAUGGCAGGGAUUGACCCUGAUGAUGUGUACUCUGAAGUGCCCUAUGAGAAAGGUUUCCAGUUUCUUUGGAGAAUCGAGCGUGAGAUUGGCAGGCCUGCUUUUGACGAGUUCUUAAAGAAGUACAUUGCAACCUUCAAGUUCCAAUCAAUAGAUACAGAGACAUUUCUUGAAUUCCUCAAAACCAAUGUACCUGGGAUAGAAAACCAAAUUGACCUUAACCUGUGGGUUGAGGGGACUGGUAUCCCUCCUGAUGCCAUGGAACCAGAUUCAGCUACUUACAAAAAGAUCUGCUCCUUAGCUGCAGAAUUCAAAUCUGGAAAACUUCCAAGUGAAGAUGAGGUGGCAAACUGGAGUGGGCAAGAAUGGGAACUUUACUUAGAAAAUCUACCAACAGAUGUUGAAGCCUCACAGGUCACUGCUCUUGAUGAGCGGUACAAGCUAUCUGAAAGCCGUGACUAUGAGGUCAAAGUCGCAUUCCUCCAGCUGGCGAUCCCCACCGGGUGCAAAUGCUACUUCAACGAGGUUGAGAAAUGCUUGAAGCAGGUGGGAAGGAUGAAGUACCUCCGCCCGCUCUACAGCUCACUGGCCAAGUGCUCCAGCGAGGAGAAGAUGCUGGCCCAGAGGAUCUUCUCGGAGGCUCAAGAGUUCUACCACCCAAUAGCUCGCAGCGUCGCGGAGGCCAUUUUGUCAAAGCAUAGCUAA